AGAGAGAGAGAGAGAGAGAGAGUGAGUGAGAGAGAAAGCAGAAGUAAAAGUUUAUCCGCUCCUGGGUCUUUAGCUCUAGUCCCUCCCACUUCGACUUCUCCGUCUCGCUCGCCUUUCUUCAUGACUUGGUCACUCCUACCGGUACUACUGCUUUCUUUUCCGCUUGUGAUGGCGGUGGCGGGGCCCGGGCCGCAGCCCCGGCCCAGCGACACGGACGCUCUGACCAUCUUCCGGUCGAGGACCGACGCCCACGGUAACCUGGCCGCUAACUGGAGCACUCCUGACGCCUGCACCGGCCAGUGGCGCGGCGUGGGUUGCUCCGGCGGGAGGGUAACGUCGCUUGCCCUCCCCUUCCUCGACCUCCGGGGCCCCCUCGCCCCGCUCUCUCACCUGGACCAGCUCCGCCGCCUCGACCUCCAAGGCAACCGCCUCAACGGCACCCUCCGCCCGCUCAUCUCCGCCCUCCCCAACCUCAAGCUCCUCUACCUCUCCCAGAACGACCUUUCCGGUGAGAUCUCGCCCGCCGUCGGCCGCCUCACACGCCUUCUCCGUCUCGACCUCUCCGGCAACGACCUCCGCGGGCCCAUCCCGGGCGACGCCCUCGCCAAUCUCACCCGCCUGCUCACCCUCCGCCUCCAGAACAACCUCCUCUCUGGCCGCCUCCCGGAUCUGUCCGCAGCCCUCCCCCGCCUCGUGGAAUUCAACGCCUCCAACAACAAGCUCUACGGGAGAGUUCCCGACGGCAUGCGCGCCCGCUUCGGAACGGCGGCGUUCGCCGGCAACGCGGGCCUCUGUGGGCCCUCGCCUCCGCUGCCGCCCUGCUCGUUGAUGCCGCGCCAGUCUCCUCCCUCGUCUUCCUCCUCUCCUCAAUCGGUGGUGCCCUCCAACCCCAGCUCCAAACCUGGCGCCUCUUCGAACGCCAGCGCCGUCAUGGAGGACGGAGGAGAGGGAGAAAGGCGCAAUAGAGAGGGGCUGAGCAGGGGUGCGAUUGUCGGCAUCGCCGUCGGGAAUGCCGUGUUCCUGCUGGUAGUCCUGUCCCUGCUGUGUGGAUACCGCUGCUGCAUCGGGCACCUGGGGGACAAGGAUGGCAGCAAGAUAGGCGGCGAUGGCGAGGAGGGCGACUAUCCCUACACUCUGGAGGCGGUGGAGGAAGAGAAGAAAAUGAAGAAGGGCGGCAGAGACAGCGACGGCGGAGAGAGUGACGAGGCGACGGCGCAGCAGAGCAAGCUGGUGUUCUUUGAAGAGGAGGAGGCGGAGGAGGAUGGCAGCGGGGGGAAGACGGGGAGGAGAAAGCGUGGGAGCAAGCGGUUCGAGCUGGAGGAGUUGCUGCGGGCGUCGGCGGAGAUGCUGGGGAAGGGGAGCCUGGGGACGGUGUACCGGGCGGUGCUGGAGGACGGAUCCAUGGUGGUGGUAAAGCGGCUCAGGGACGCCAACCCCUGCGCCCGUGCCGACUUCCACAAGUACAUGGAUCUCAUCGGUCGGCUGCGCCGCCCCAACCUCGUCCGCCUCCGGGCCUAUUACUACGCCAAACAGGAGAAACUCCUUAUCUACGACUACCUCCCCAACGGCAGCCUCCACUCUCGCCUCCAUGGUAAUCGGGGUCCCGGGAGGAUCCCGCUGGACUGGACGACCAGGAUAAGCCUGGUGCUGGGGGCGGCGCGGGGGCUAGCCUGCAUCCACGAGGAGUACGCGUCGUCCGAGAUUCCCCACGGCAACGUUAAGUCCUCCAACGUGCUGCUGGACAAGAACGGGGCCGCCUGCGUGGCUGACUUCGGGCUGGCGCUGCUACUGAGCCCGGCCCACGCCACCGCCCGCCUCGGAGGCUACCAGGCCCCCGAGCAGGCCGACACCAGGCGCCUUUCCCAGGAGGCCGACGUCUACGCCUUCGGGGUGCUUAUCCUCGAGGUUCUCACGGGGAGAGCGCCGGCCCUCUACCCUCCUCCUCCUCCUCUUGCUUCUCAUCAUCAUCAUAAUAAUAACAACAGCAUUACUAAUAGCAGCAGCAACAGCAUCAUUGGCGGCGUCAGCCUGCCAGAAUGGGUGCGGUCGGUGGUGCGGGAGGAGUGGACGGCGGAGGUGUUCGACGCCGAGCUGCUACGGUACAAGAACAUCGAGGAGGAGAUGGUGGCCAUGCUCCACGUGGGAUUGGCCUGCGUGGUCCACCAGCCCGACCGGAGGCCGGCCAUGUCGGAGGUGGUCAAGAUGAUCGAGGACAUCAGGGUGGAGCAGUCGCCGCUCCCGGAGGAGGACUUCGACGAGUCUCGCCUCUCCCUCUCCCCUUCGCUCGCCACCGCUACCGAGGACGGUCGCCUCAGCUACUGAACUCCAUACCAUCUCUCCAUCCAUCCGUGCAGUUCUUGCUGUCAGUGCGUCCCCCCACCCCCCGAUGACGUGCCCGCCGCUCGAGAAAAUGUCAUCUCUGCUUGCCUCUAUUGCCCAUCUGGUUAUCACCAGCCCUGCCCUCUGUGGGGUCUGGGGUCCCUUGGCUAAUUAGCUUGAACAAAGGCUUUUGAUUUCAAUUAAGAAAAAAAAAACAAAACAAAACAAAACAUGUGCACUAGAACUCUGCAACUGCCGCUAUCAAAAGAUUUGGUUGGACUUUCACUAUAAUUAUUAUUGUUAUUUUUUUGGCUGAACGACUUCCACAAUAAUC